AAAUAAAGCAGCAGGCUAAAACUUUGGUCUUAAACUUUGUAGAGACAAACGGGCUGUGAAGGAGCUCAAUGAAAGGAACAUGGCCCCUCGACCAGCAGAGGAAUUGGGCUACAAACCCCUGGAUGGUGGCUGGGGCUGGAUGGUGGUAUUUGGGGCCCAUAUUUCCAUUGGAUUCGCCUACUCCACGUCGAAAGCCCUAUCUAUUUUCUACAAAGCGAUCCAAGAGGACUUAGGGGCCAGCUACAGUGAAACAGCAUGGAUUUCCUCAAUUAUGCUGGCUGCCAUGUAUGCAGGCGGACCUGUGAGCAGUAUCCUGGUCAAUCGCUUUGGAAGCCGGCCAAUAGUGAUACUGGGUGGACUGAUGUGUGGGCUCUCUAUGGCAACUGCCUCUUUUGGGAGCUCCAUCAUUUACAUCUACUUUUUCAUUGGUGUCAUCGGAGGUUUUGGACUCUCCUUAAAUCUGAAUGCAUCUCUCACCAUCAUCAGCAAGUAUUUCUUGAUCAAGCGUCCUUUAGCCAACGGACUGGCCAUGGCCGGGAGUCCAGUGUUUCUGUGUUUCCUGGCCCCUCUAAACCAAUAUUUACUGGACAAGUUUGGCUGGAGGGGAAGUCUGCUUAUCCUUGGCGGUCUGAUUCUCAACUGCUGCGUUGCUGGAGCCCUGAUGAGACCUGUUAUUCCGCCUGGUAAGCCGUCCUCUUGUGCACCACAGAAGAUGGUGGAGGAACAGCCAAGACAGUGCAACACUAAGCUAAAACAAAGCUGUAUGAAGAAUGCUAAGUUCUUGGAUUUGUCGUUCUUCAAGGAUAGAGGCUUCAUCAUUUACCUCAUAGGAAAUGUGAUGUUCAUUUUUGGGGCCUAUGCACCCAUUGUAUUCCUGUCAGCCUAUGCUAUUGACCAAGGCGUAGAGGAGUACUCCGCCGCCUAUCUGCUCACUAUUAUGGGCUUUGUGGACAUGUUUGUUCGUCCUGGCACUGGCCUUCUAGCCAGCAGCAAGUGGAUCAGACCCAGAAUCCAGUACUUCUUCAGCUUUGCUAUGGUCUUCAACGGCACGUGCCACUUACUUUGCCCACUGAUGAAGAGCUAUCCCUUGCUGGUGGUGUAUGCAGUAUUUUUUGGCAUUAGUUUCGGCAUGGUUUUUGCCCUUAUUUUUGAAUGCCUGAUGGACCUGAUGGGAAAUCAACGGUUCCCCAGUGCUGUCGGACUGGUCACCAUCAUCGAGUGCUUCCCCAUGCUUCUGGGACCACCUACUGCAGGGUUACUGGUGGACAUCUUUGCUGACUACAAGUACCUUUUCUUGAUGUGUGGGUCAGUGAUCGCGGCUGGCGGGCUCUUUCUCUUCGUCAUGAACAUCUACAACUACCACAUGCUGGAAAAAGAGAAGACAGCAAAGGACAGACAGCACAAUCAAAAAACCAUAGAGAACCAGGGCCAGGUGAGUGUCUCAGAGGCAGAGAUGAAGCACACUUUUGAGGCAGCGGUGGAACAAACUGAGCCUGAGGUUAAAGAUAAGAGCGGAGCCCAGACAGAUCCACGACCGGAGGAUGCAGAAACACCUUCUAUUUAGCAUGGAUGUUUGGGGCUUAUGUAUGUACAUGGCUUAUGUAUGUACGCGACUAAUUCCAGCUUUCUCACACACUCAUUUAUUCAUUUGUUCGGUCAAACAGCAUUUUGAUAUUCAAUUAACCUUUUAACUCAUUUAACAAGCAAAUAAGACUAAGAGUCUACAGGCAUGUUAGCAGCUCUUUGAGGCUGUACUUAAGUACAAAGAAGCUUUGGGCUAAAUGUCAACAUCAGCGUGCUAACAUGCUUACAGUGACAAUGCUAACAUGCUAAUGUUUAAGAGGUUCAAUAUUUACUACGCUCACCAUCUUAGUUUAACAUGUUAGCACGCUAGCAUUUGCUAAUUAAUACAAAGUUGGCCAACAGCUGAGGCUGAUGGGAAUUUUAUAAAUGUUAAGUCAGAAAUAAAUAAUAAUAAUAAAUAAUGUCCUACUUGUAAAAGUCACAGCACACCACUGCUGCUUAUUUAUCUGUUAUCUUGGAUAACAUUGAGUGAGAGCCGUGAGAGCCAGCUUCUCAAGUGUGAUAAAUAAAUGAAAUGUCUUUUGUUUGGACUGUUGGUUGGAGAAAAAAAAGACGUUGGCUCAGGGAAAUAACGAUUAGCAUUUUUCACGAUUUUCUCUCAUAGACUAAAGAAUUAAGUGAUUAAUUGGAAAAAAAAUAUCAACAGAUUUUUCUGCUAUUCAAAAAAUUGUUAGCUGCAGCUUCAAUUUAGUUAAUCAUCCACCAACUCAAUCAGUUUGUUAGUUUGCCCCCCCAGAGGUUGUUAGAAGGAAUGGCAGUGUGUGCAGAUGACUCACUGAACUAGGUUCAGUUACUUACCUCUACUCUUUAAUACUGCUGGACUGUGUGUGUGCUUUAUACCUCUGUGAUGUGUUUUCGACUUUGGCUGCACUGUAUUACUUUGAAUGACUGCGGACAAUACUGUGAGGUGCUACAGCCUCUAUAUGAGAUGAGUGAGUCUUAAUGUCUCAGAGUGUAUGAAAUGCAGGAAUUGUUGACUUCUUACUUUCACAUGAUCAUGAACGCACAUGUCUGCUUUUCUUUUCUGUGUACUGUUCAGUUCAUAUUCAUUUAAUCCGUCUAUAAAAAUGUAUGUUCUUGCUAAGAUGGGUAACCUCAUGGGACUGCCAUGAGAUAUUUUGCACUUGCAGUGUGUACUUUAUAAAACUGGUAAGUUUCAUUCAUAAAAUACUGUAGCUGCCAGUAAAGACGUAGGAGUAUUUCCAGUAAUUUGAUGCUUUACCUCCUCUUCACUUGCUGUAAAUGUAUUAUACGUUGAGCACUGAAGUCUGUAAUGAACAUACAGUAACACAGCCUGCUAUUGACUUAUCAUUUUAUUCUAUAGCAAAUAAUAGUCUUUUUAAAUUUUUGUCAAUAUUUAUUUAAUUUGAACUUUUAUGCUGAAACACUAUAAACUAUGGUGUGUGUUCCACAGUAACUUUGUGCUGACAUUUAGAAGUGACAUUUGUUAUUUGGGUGAAAAUGGAUUAGCAUGCACUGUUAACUGAUUUGAUGCUGUGUGUAUUUGAGCAUGUGAGUGUUUGUUGAAGUGCGAGUGAGUGACAAAAUUAAUAGAGGAAGUGUUUUACAAAUAAUCCAAAAUCUGUGAUAUUUGAAGGUGGCAGCUCUUUGAAUUCUUUUGGUUUUUUUUUGUUUUUUUUAGCAUCUCUGCUUUUCGUUAGACAAAGACAUUAGAGUAUGAGAGGAAAUCCAGGGGAGAGAGAGAGGGGAUGACAUGCAGCAAAAGACUCAGCCUUGUUGGUGGUACACACUUUUAACCAGGUGAGCUGCCGGGUCGCUCAGAGAAUUUAAUGAAAGCUUUAGUGUACUAAACGGUUAAAUGGCAAAAGUGUAAUUGUUGUAGCUUUAAUUUAACCUCUGACAUGUUAUACGCACAUGUUAUUUAAUGUACCAUUGAUACUAUGGAUAACACUAUAUUGUUAACUUUA